AUAUCUUUUGAAAACAUUUGUGUGUACGAAACGACCGAGGGCGACCGCGUCUGUUGAUGAUCGAUAAAAAGCAAAAAUAGUUCUUAUUGUUCGUGGCAUAAGUUUAAAAUAAAAUGAAGAAAAUGGUGAUUGGAAUAAAGAUUGCAGUUCUUAUCCUUCUGGUGAUUAUAUCAGUAUCAUAUGAACAGGACACCCCAGUGUAUCCGUCACCAUGCCCACGUAUCUAUGAGUAUGAACCACCAGAGACUGAGCCAGACCUCUGGUCAGCCGUUGUCCUGAUAUCGACAGAUAGCCUUUUGUACUAUUUAUGGCUAAACAUUGUCUUGGAUCGACCAGCCUUGCAUUUGAGGAAUCCAAUAGGAAAAGUGGUCACAAAAAACAACAUUGAUUUCAGAAUUGAGAGUGACAUACGCGUAUUCCCUGGUCAACCUAUCCCACUGCGCUUCUCAAUUAAAUAUGAUCCUACCAAUGGUGUCCCAAAAUUAAAGGCUAUAAGGCUCAAUGGGAAGGUGAUUUGCAAAGAUGACACAUUGGAAAAUACUGCAAUCAAACCUGCUAAGAUAAUGGAAGAGACCACUGUGUCGACCACAACCUCUGCUACUAUCUCGAAUAUAAAUACUGGUCCCGAUUCAAAUUAUUUUAUGCCUUUUGAAGAAACUCCUAUUGAAACUUUCAAGUUUAACAAAACUUUCCUAGAAAUGACGGGAAACCUCAACCUACCCUGGGUUCAGUCAUUUGGAAGUGAAGUCGGUGGAGUCCUUACAACAACCCAACGGAAUCCUUGGACAACAAUGAGAUCUGAUACAGACGAGGUCGAAGACUAUAGAGGUUACCGUGUUGAUGAAUUACAUAGUUCAGAGACAUAUCCAAAUGGCGGAGACAGUUAUUUUAUGUACAACCCUCAAGGCAGCUACACACAGGCGCCACAACCAGGAGUCGUAGAACCGCCAUGUGGUACUCCGACAACAAAGAGCCAAUGGCCGUGGAGGGCAGCGAUUUAUAAACUUGAGGGAGAGAACCACUUUUACGGGUGUGGGGGGUCCCUAAUUUCCCAUAGACAUGUCAUCACUGCAGCACAUUGCGUUCUUAUAUACGGAGAAACCAACGUAAAGAGUCUCUUCAAGGGCGGUAAACGUGCAGACGGAUCGCCAGAUGGUAAACCAACAGCGCUGUUCAUGGUGUACACCCGCCAAACCAACAACAGAGGAGUUGUACAAAGAAUUAUAAAGCAUCCAGAAAUUUCUUUGACCGACAAUAUACAUAGGGAUAACGUGGCGAUUCUGGAACUUUCUGAACCCGUGAAGUAUACAGAGUGGGUGAGACGUGUUUGCCUCUGGCCUAGACAAUUCACAGAGCUAGAAAGCGUUGUUGGAAAGACGGGAUGGUUGUUAGGUUGGGGUUUCACAGAGAAGUAUGACGUGACAGGAAAUGCUCACGCAGUCGAGAUGACGGUACUGAGUACUGAGGACUGUGUUCGGUCCAAUCCGGUUGCAAGACAAUUAAUCCCAAGUAAUAGUAGCAAAUUCUGCGCAGCAAGUAACGCAGAUUCGGUAUGCUGGGCGGCGAGUACCGGCAGUGGACUGUACUUCAAGCUGGGCCAGAGGUGGCACGUACGAGGUGCCGUGAGCCACGCAGUCAAAUCCAAAGAUCCUGCAAAGGAAAUGUUAAGAUGUGAUCCCACACAAAACUUCAUAUUUACGGAUUACGCGAAAUAUUUACCGUGGAUUCGUUUGUUUACUUUUGAUUUGUAAUUUUAUUUCGUCAAAUAUACGAGUAAAUUGUUUACAGA